GUCAAAGGUCACAGUGGGUACCAAUUAGAAUUUCACAAUCAUUUUCAAGCAAAGUGAAUUUUGGAGUUGUGUGUAUGUUGGAGGUAGGGUAGUUCUGUGUAGGAUGAACAAGCUACUAACAAGGCAGAAGAAUACAGUAGAUGUUGUAUCAAAGACGAAGGAACUAGGUUCCUUGUAUGAGAGUGUGUGUGAGAGACAGAGACAGAGUAGUGUGAGGAAUGCUGCACUACUCAAGGAUGUGGAGAGAGUACAGAGCUUAUUGGCAGGUCGUCAGCAGUGCCACAAUCAACUAAAUGCUCUCAAGAGUCGCUACCAGCAGUACGUUGCAGCUGUGUACCCUCAGUGGCUGUCAAAGUGCAAAGGUCACCAUGGGAACGAGGACAAUAACAAAGCACCUCCUAAAGUGACAGCAGCAUCUGUCCACGUUGAGACCACCUCUACAACUGUUACAGUAACCGCAGCUCCAGCCACAACUUCUUCUGAGAGUGUUAUACCCACACAGAUGGAGUCCAGGCCUACACAAGCAUUGCCACGGCAACCUGAUCCACUUACUCCCAAGCCUACACAAUCAUUGCCAUGGCAACCCGAUCCACUUACUCCCAAGCCUACACAAGCAUUGCCACGGCAACCCGAUUCAUUAACUCCCUCUCCUGCCGAUAGAUCGCUGGACUCGAGUUUAUCCACUUAUUCUUUUUCAGAAGGCGAUUCUCCUGAGAAUGUCGAGAGCACUGUGAAUCAGCCUGUUAUUGAGCAAGCUGGUACGGCAUCGAGCCACACUCUGGAUGAACCUGCUAUGAAGCCUAUGCAAGCUGAUAUGACAUUGAAGCAUACUCUAAGCAAGCCUAUUAUUGAGCAAGCUGGUGUGACAUCAAACCACACUCUGGAUGAACCUGCUAUUGAGUAUACACCAUCUGGUACGGCAUCAAACCACACUCUGGAUGAACCUGCUAUUGAGUAUACACCAUCUGGUACGGCAUCAAACCACACUUUGGAUGAACCUACAAGCGAAUCAUCACACGCUGGUACGGCAUCAAACCACACACUAGAGGAGCCUGCUAUUAAGCCUACACACGCUUGUACGGCAUCAAACCACAGUUUGGAUGAACCGGCAAGCGAAUCAUCACACGCUGGUACGGCAUCAAACCACACACUAGAUGAACCUACAAGUGAAUCAUCACACGCUGGUACGGCAUCAAACCACACACUAGAUGAACCGGCAAGCGAAUCAUCACCUGCUAGAACACUGUCACAGCAUCACUCCCCUAUUAAUUCUCCACUCUCUCCACCCCCCACACCCACUCGUGUAUCAUCUCUCCCGCCCACCAUACCCUCACCUCCCCACAGCCCACCUCAACGUCCACCCCCCACACCCACUCGUACAUCAUCUCUCCCGCCCACCACACCCUCACCCCCUCACAGCCCACCCCAACGCCCGGACAUUGUCAGAGUGGUGACCAACUUAUUGAGGACUCUGAACAAUCACCUAAGAGUGGAAGGAGAAGCUACUGUCAUGGAGUUAUACACGAAACCUGAGGACUCGGAUAAAAUGAAACGGAAAAUAAGCAACUCCAAUGUUCUAUCUAGCAACAUUAUCAAGUGUGCUGAUGAAGGAAUGGACUGCAGCACCUGGGACGUGUCAGUGAUGAGCGUGGUAUUGCUGACUCAGCUCUCCCUAUUGACUGCCACCCACGGAUCCCUCGUCCCUGACAACCUGCUCUCUGAGGAGGCUCCUUUAAUUAGCCACCCAAUAAACCUCAGGUCACCGUGGUCACAGGUGUGGGGCUCACUGUUGGAGCACGCUCAGUUUCUGUAUAACACUGGUAGAGCACUGGACGAGUUGGCAGCCAUAUUCACACCAGCUCUGUUUACCUCUCCAUCUGAGAAAGCUUGUCUGCAAUUGAUAGCACUAUUCAAUCUCGAUAUUGAGUCAUCACAUGAGAAGUCGGACAAAUCACAUGAUGUAUCAUAUGGGGUAUCUGAUGAGGAGUUUGACGAAUCUCAUACAUGUAGUCUACCAGGUAUAGAUGCUGAGUUUCCCUCCGGUGCACAGCAUGAUGUAUUACUGGACUAUUCUGCACUGGGUGGGCGUAGAGGUGACCUCUCAGAACACUCCUCUCUCCUCAGUGAAGGCUCAGCCGUGCUACUCCUCGAGAAGAAGUUAGUGAUGGACUCUUUCUCUCCAACUCUCGCUCCAGGAGCUCAACAGCCUCUGCAUUCCACCAGCUCUGAUGACUCCUCUAUUGCUACACCACCGGCAUAUGUGCCUACUGCAUUAGAGAGCAAAUGCAUGCUGAUGAAGGAAUGGACUGAAGCACCUGCAUGGGAUGUAAGCGUGGUAUUGCUGACUCAGCUCUCCCUGUUGACUGCCACUCAUGGAUCCCUUGUCCUUGAUAAUCUGCUCUCUGAGGAUUGUUUGGGGGGUUGUACAUGUGUUAUGUUAGGGCCCAUGCAGUAAUGACCAUAAUUAUCGGCCUUUUCUUUUCAGGCUGAACUGUGUUUUUUGUCUCUCCACAUGGAUCAGAUAAGAAAUCUUGUCACAGUUGCAAGCUGUCCUUAUCAAUCAUAA